UGCGCUGAAGGCUACGUACUUGUUGCUUGUAGAGUUAGAUGUGGAUGCCAUACUUUUAACGUUUUCGACUAUCAUUUGUUCUAUUUUAUUUAGACAUAAUGGAUCCGUCGUUCGAUGUGUUUGAAGUCGGCAUGUCGGUUAUGAUAAGUCGUAGCGAUGGAAGAACCCAUGCUGCCACUGUCAAAAAUCUUGAUGAACUCAAAUCUGCAGUGAACGUAGAAUGGGAAGAGGAUGGGGUGUCUAAAGGCAAGGGGAUUCCCAUCUCAGACCUCUGGUCUAUGAAUGCACACCUGUUUCAACAGCCUGUCGCCCCAAAGCAGCCUGCCCAGGCCGCUGCUGCUCCGGCUUCGCCACUGCAGAAGAAGUACAAUGACAGGCUGAGGUCUUCAAGGAUGCAUGCUCCUCCUGACACGGACCCUCAACCCAGUACAGCAGAGGACCCAGCAAUGUUCCGGCGAUUCACGUCCAACUUCGUGCGGGACUCGUACAGAAGGCCCCCGGUGGGGUCUGCCGCUGGGGAUGAUGCCGCUGCUGACAUGCCCCCUCCCUCCGCCAUUCCCCAGCCUUCCGCCAUCCCCAAACCCUCAGGUCUACCAACCAGGAGGACUGGGAGGCCAGCUGUCCCCAAAACCUCUACUGCACCGUCUACACUGCAGAGUGUGGGUGAGGCUGACGAAUCGAAGACUGCUGCCUCAACCAGCGCUGCUCGGCGCAUGUCUACAGCACAGAGCGGUGGCGUAGCUGGCAACAAGCGGUUGUCGCUCAUGCCGAAAGCUCCAGCCAACCAAACCAAGAAAGUCAAGGCAGCAGAGGUGAGCCGGCCGAACAAACAGUUUUACCAGAUGAUUGAGGACUAUAGGAAGACGGUGGAGAAAGUGCCAUUGACCCUCUCUGACAAUGUGGAUAAUUCCAGGAUAUGUGUGUGUGUUCGAAAGCGACCAAUGAAUAAGAAAGAACUUGGGAAAAAGGAAAUAGAUGUUGUCACCAUUCCUGGAAACGGAAUGCUGCUAUUCCAUGAACCCAAGCAGAAAGUGGACCUCACCAAGUAUCUGGAGAACCAGGUCUUCCACUUUGACUACUCCUUUGAUGAGGACGCCAAUAACGAGCUGGUCUACAGGUACACGGCCAGACCUCUGGUGCGAAGCAUCUUCGAAGGGGGCAUGGCCACCUGUUUUGCUUAUGGGCAGACCGGCAGCGGGAAGACCCAUACUAUGGGAGGAAACUUCUCUGGCAAGACCCAGAACAGCUCCAAGGGGAUCUAUGCUUUGGCAGCCCAGGAUGUCUUCACUCUCUUGAGGCACCACCCUGAUAUAGACCCCUUUGUCUCCUUCUUUGAGAUCUACAAUGGCAAGGUGUUUGACCUCCUGAAUAAGAAGACCCUGCUGCGCGUCCUGGAAGACGAGCAUCAGCAGGUGCAGGUGGUGGGGCUGGAGGAGGUCGCCGUCACCUGUGUGGCAGACGUCCUCAAGCUCAUCGAGAAGGGCAGCGCCUGCAGGACAUCCGGACAGACGUUUGCCAAUGCCAAUUCCUCGCGGUCGCACGCCGUGCUCCAGAUCGUGCUUCGCCGUCACCUGACUCUGCACGGCAAGUUCUCUCUGGUGGACCUGGCCGGGAACGAGCGCGGUACGGACGUCAAGGGCACCGACCGCCAGACCAUCGCUGAGACGGCCGAGAUCAACCGCAGUCUGCUGGCACUCAAGGAAUGUAUUCGAUCUCUGGGUCACAACAACGACCACAUCCCCUUCAGGAUGAGCAAGCUCACUCUAGUCCUGCGAGACUCAUUCAUCGGCGAAAACUCCAGGACGUGCAUGAUCGCCAUGAUCUCCCCUGGGAUGGGUUCCUGCGAUUACACCCUCAACACGCUCCGUUACGCUGACAGGGUGAAGGAGCUGAAUGGCAACUCCAAGGCGGUGCAGCAGGCUGCAUGCAGCAAAGGAGGAGAGCUGCUGGACAGCUGCAGCUCGUCAGAUGACUCGGUUGUGCCCCUGUAUGAAGCCAUAUCACAUGUGAAUGAGAGGGAGGAGAAGUUAAGGGACGACAUCUUGGCUAGCAGGGAUUUCCACAUCUCCAUGGUGUCAGACACAUUUGACGUAAUUUCCAGUCUGCCCGAGAUGCGAGAACAUCUACAAAGAUUAAUGGAUGAUGUCAAUAGCUUGGAGGAGGCUGUUAAGGCGGAGCAAGAGCUUACUUCUUUUACUUGAGUUUGUUUGUUUGUUUUUGUUUGUAUUGUCCCCCUUCACCUUACUGUUUUUCUUUUCUUGGUUUCUUUCCUUUUCUUGGUUUCUUUCCUUUUCUUCAGUGUAUUCCUCAAUUUACAAAAUAAACACUAUUUUAAAGACUG